AUGAGACAGGCCUCGGGAGGGGCCAACCCUGCCAACACCUUGAUCCCCGACAUCUGGCCGGGGACUGGUGUGGGGUCCGAGGAGGAGCAACUCUGCGCCGACUUUCCAGAGCUUGACCUCUCCCAGCUGGAUGUCAGCGACUUCGACUCGGCCACCUGCUUCGAGGAGCUGCAGUGGUGCCCCGAGAGCUCCGAUACUGAGCCCAGCCACUACAGCCCCGACGACUCGGAGCUUUUCCAGAUAAUCGACAGUGAGAAUGAGGCCCUCCUGGCAGCGCUCACCAAGACCCUGGAUGACAUCCCUGAAGAUGACGUGGGUCUGGCUGCCUUCCCAGCCCUGGACGGUGGAGACACACCGUCCUGCACUUCAGUUUCGCCCGCCCCCUCAUCUACGCCCCCCAGCCCCUCCCUGGAGAGCCCCCCGGCCAGGGCCCCUGAGGUGGAUGAGCUCUCGCUGCUGCAGAAGCUCCUGCUUGCCACGUCCUACCCAGCGUCCAGCUCCGACUCCCAGAAGGAAGGGGCCGCCUGGCGCCGGGCUGGCCUGAGGUCCAAAAGUCAGCGGCCUUGUGUCAAGGUGGACAGCACCCAAGAGAAGAAGGCCCCCACGACGCAGCCUCAGAGCCGGAGUUGUUCGGAACUGCAUAAGCACCUCACCUCGGUGCCAUCCUGCCUCCAGGCGAAAGCCCACUCCCCAGAGAGGGGCCUGCAGCCACCAGCCCCCCUGCCUCCCCGGCUCCCCGCCAAGGAAGAUGAGGAGCCGGGCAAGGACUGCCUGAGCCCCCAGCCAGCUCCAGCCUCUCCCUGGGACUCCCCGGCGCAGGGCAGGGCAGGCCCUGGCGCCCAGGUUUCCCCGGAGGACAUGCAGGCCGUGCUGCAGCUCAUUCGCUACAUGCACACCUACUGCCUCCCCCAGAGGAAGCUGUCCACACAGGCCUCAGAGCCCGCCCCUCCACCCUGCACCAACCCCUCCAAGCAGGUCAGACCCUGGGCCCGGUCCCCGCACCCUUCCAAAGCCACAUGGGCUGAGUUUUCCAUCCUGAGGGAACUUCUGGCUCAAGAUGUCCCCUGUGAUGUCAGCAAACCCUACCGCCUGGCCACGCCUGUCUACGCCUCCCUCAGGCCCCAGCACAGGCCCAAAGACGGUCAGGCCUCCCCGGGCCGCCCGUGUCCCGUGGAGGAGGUGAGGGUCGCGGCCUCACCCAAGAGCACCGGGCCCAGUCGCAGCCUGCGCCCACUGCGGCUGGAGGUGAAAGGUCAUGUCAGCCGGUUGGCUAGGCUGCAGCAGGAGGAGGAAGAGGAAGAGGAGGAGGAGGAGGAAGAAAAAGAAGAGGAGGAGGAGGAAGAAUGGGGCUGGAAAAGGCCAGGCAGAGGCCUGCCGUGGACCAAGCUGGGGAGGAAGCUGGAGAGCUCGGUGUGCCCCGUGCGGCGUUCCAGGAGACUGAACCCGGAGCUGGGCCCCUGGCUGACGUUCACCGAUGAGUCGCUGGGCCCCUCAGAGCCCCAAGGAGAAGGAGCUCUGCCCUCGCUGAGCCUGGCUCCCGAGGCCUAUGACACGGAGGGGGAGCAGGGCAGCCCCACGGACGAGGAUAGUGGCCCAGCCCAGCAGCAGCCCCGGGGACCCCAGAUCCCGGCUCUGGAGAGCCCCUGUGAGAGUGGGUGUGGGGACACGGAUGAGGACCCCAGCUGCCCGAGGCUCCCUUCCAGAGACUCGUCCAGGUGCCUCAUGCUGAGCUUGUCACAAAGUGACCCUCCUUUUGGCAAGAAGAGUUUUGAGCAGACCUUGACAGUGGAGCUCUGUGGCACGGCAGGACUCACCCCACCCACCACCCCUCCGUACAAGCCCACAGAGGAGGACCCCUUCAAGCCGGACAUCAAGCACAGCCCAGGCCAAGACAUAGCUCCCAGGCUCCCCACCCCGGAGGGCCUCCAGUUCAGGGCGGCCACAGGGGCGGCCCACAAGCUGCCGAAGCAGCACCCGGAGCGGAGUGAGCUCCUGUCCCAACUGCGGCAUGCCACCGCUCAGCCCGCCUCCCAGGCCGACCAGAAGCGCCCCUUCUCCUGUUCCUUUGGAGACCAUGACUACUGCCAGGUGCUCAAGCCCGAGGGCACCCUGCAGAGGAAGGUGCUGAGGUCCUGGGAGCCAUCUGGGGUCCACCUUGAGGACCGGCCCCAGCAGGGUGCCCUGCAGGGCGAGGCGCAGGCCUCGGGCUGGGAGGAACACGCAGGUGCACUCCCCAAGGACAGUCUGCUGCUGAGAGACCACGAGAUCCGCGCCAGCCUCACCAAGCACUUUGGGCUCCUGGAGACCGCCCUGGAGGACGAAGACCUGGCCUUGUGCAAGAGCCCCGAAUACGACACUGUUUUUGAGGACAGCAGCAGCAGCAGUGGCGAGAGCAGCUUCCUCCUGGAGGAGGAGGAGGAGGACAAUGACGACGACUCCGGGGUCAGCCCCCCUCGCUCUGACUACUGCCCCUACCAGAGCCCACCGAGCAAGGCCAGUCGGCAGCUCUGUUCCCGCAGCCGCUCCAGCUCUGGCUCCUCCUCCUGCCGCUCCCGGUCACCAGCCAUGCGCAGGACCUUCAGGUGCGAAUCCCUGGGAGCCUGCCACCAAGGCGCCCCGGGAAGCCAGGCAGUGACUGGGUCCCUCUGUGUCCCCCUUCCCGAGCAGGGCGAAGGCCGAGUGGUGUAUGUUCGAAAUCUCUCCAGCGACAUGAGCUCCCACGAGCUGAAGAGGCGCUUCGAAGUGUUUGGUGAGAUUGUGGAGUGCCAGGUGCUGACGAGAAGCAAGAGACCUGAGACAGGGCAGGAGACAGCCCCUUGGGAGUGA